AUGAUAGAAGGUCAUUAUAAAGUGGGUGAAACUUGUCUUAUAAUUGAAGAUGUAGUAACUUCUGGUUCUAGUGUAUUAGAAACAGUCAAAGAUUUAAAUAAAGAAGGGUUAAUAGUUAAAAAUGCUGUAAUUAUUUUAGACAGAGAACAAGGUGGCAGAAUGAAUCUUGAAUCCAAUAAUGUAUAUAUUGAUUCACUAUUUACAAUGACUGAGUUAAUUGACAUUCUCGAAAAACAUAAAAAGAUUACAAAAGAAAUGUCUAUAAAGCUUCACAAAUAUCUAAGAGAAGUUAAAGCACCAGUAACUAAAGAAUGGGGAGAUUGUGUGACAUCUCAUUCUUUACCUGGAGAGGCUAUAUUGAAGGCUCUGAGCAGUGCAUGUACUGGAAUAGAAAACCGUGGUGUAUUUCUUCUAGCUGAAUUGAGCAGUGAGAAUACAGAGAAGAAACUGAACAUGGCUUCAAAGAAUCCAAAUAUAAUUACUGGUUUUGUAUGCCAAAAUAAGGAUACAUUUAAAGAUCCUGGGCUGUUACAAUUAACUCCUGGCGUACAACUCGAAAGUGCUAAGGACGAUCUGGGUCAAGUAUACAAUACACCAGAAAAAGUAAUUUUAGAAAAUGGUGCAGAUAUUGUGGUUGUUGGGCGCGGAAUAGUCAAUGCAAAGAGCCCAGAAGCACAGGCGGUCGUUUACAGAGAUGCUUUAUGGAAAUGUUAUUCAAAAAGAAUCUCAGGUAAAUUAGAGUAA